AUGGGCGAGAACGGCAGGAUAACGAUUUCCAUCGACCGCGGUGGCACUUUCACCGACGUCCAUGCUGUCGUCCCCGGCCAGCCCGAUAUCAUCCUGAAGCUCCUCUCCGUCGACCCCGCACAUUACCAAGAUGCUCCGACAGAAGGUGUUCGCCAGAUUUUGGAGAGGGUGACGGGCAAGCCGCACCCUCGAGGAAAGCCGCUGGAGCUGGGCCCUAUUGAGAGUCUCCGAAUGGGCACAACCGUCGCUACAAAUGCAUUGCUCGAGAGGAAGGGAGCUCGGUCUGCCCUCCUCACAACCAAGGGGUUCCGCGAUUUGCUGCGCAUCGGAGACCAAUCGCGGCCGAAUAUUUUCGAUCUGUCGAUGGCUCGACCUGGUGUCUUGCCAGAGGCAGUAGUGGAGAUCGACGAGCGGAUCGUACCGUGUCAUCCGCUCUCAGAUAAGGAGGCCUUCUCCGGCGCCCGCUUGGUCGAAGGUGUCACUGGGGAGAAAUUCCGCGUCGUCAAAGAAUUGGAUAUUGAAAAGGUUCGCCCAGAGCUGGAGCGGUUGAAGGAGAAAGGAUAUCAGUCUCUCUCUGUGGCCCUGGUACAUUCAUAUGCGUAUCCUGAGCACGAACGCCUUAUCGGCGAGAUGGCAGAGAGCAUGGGAUUUUCAGUCACGUUGUCGUCGAAGCUGCAACCCAUGAUCAAGAUUGUACCCCGAGGAAUGUCUGCUGCAGCGGAUGCCUACUUGACACCGGUGAUCAAGACCUAUAUUGAUUCGAUUUCGUCGAGCUUCGAGGGCGGUCUCGCCAACCAGCAUACGUGCAGGUUCGAGUUCAUGCAGAGCGAUGGAGGCCUGGUUGACUUUCGAAAGUUCAGCGGGCUCAAGGCGAUUCUUUCCGGGCCUGCGGCUGGUGUAGUUGGGUUCGCAGCGACUAGCUGGGACCCCAAGGAGAAGAUUCCCGUUAUCGGCUUUGACAUGGGCGGUACCUCGACGGAUGUCUCGCGGUUCGAUGGCCAUCUCGAACACGUGUUUGGGUCCAAGCUUGCUGGUGUCCAGAUUCAGUCUCCGCAGCUGGAUAUCAACACCGUUGCAGCUGGAGGUGGCUCGAUUCUAAACUGGCGCAACGGGCUAUUCUACGUUGGUCCGGAAUCAGCAUCGGCUCAUCCUGGCCCUGCUUGUUACCGAAAGGGUGGCCCAUUGACUGUUACGGAUGCCAACCUGUUUCUUGGACGUUUGCUCCCCGAGUUCUUCCCCCACAUUUUUGGUGAGAAUGAAGACCAACCGCUCGACAUUGAAAUCACGACGCGGCUGUUCAACGAACUCACCGAGACCGUCAACAAGGAGCGAAAAGCAAAGGGUCAGUCGGAAUACUCUGCGGAAGAAGUGGCAUUGGGAUUCUUAAAGGUCGCUGAUGAAUCCAUGGCUCGUCCGAUCCGUAACCUCACCGAGGCACGCGGCUUCGAAACCGGGACACACCAUCUCGCCUGUUUUGGCGGAGCUGGAGGCCAACAUGCGUGCCCAGUGGCGGGAUCGCUGGGUAUCUCCCGGAUUAUCAUUCACAAGUUCUCCUCGGUGUUAUCGGCGUACGGUCUGGCUCUGGCGGAGGUGGUCAAGGAGUCACAAGAGCCUCUCUCAACGCAGUAUACCACUUCCAAGGAGGAGCUUAACAAGCGACUGGGCGAAAUGACAGAAGCCGCCACAAAAGACAUGGCGGAGCAAGGGUUCUCCGCAGACCAGGUCCGGCACGAGCGGUAUCUGAACUUGCGCUACGACGGUUCCGACACCAGCCUGAUGAUUCUGGAACCAGAGGACGACUCUGAUUUCCUGGAGCAAUUCGAAAUCCGGCACCGCAGGGAAUUCGGCUUCAACUCCGACCGACCCGUCUUAGUGGAUGACAUCCGUGUGCGCACGAUCGCAGCUUCAAAGGUGCGAGACGAGAAAAGCCCGUUGGUUCAGCUGCGAGAAGCGACGAUCAAGGAUAUCAGCACGUCCCCAGACCUCACCACCAAGACAUACUUUGACGGACAAAAGGACCGUCUCGACACGCCGGUAUACCAGCUCGAUAAAAUUGAGAAGAACUCCCGUAUCAACGGCCCAGCCAUUAUUAUUGACCAAACUCAAACCAUCGUCGUCGUCCCAGACGCCGUGGCCACCGUCUUGGAGACAUGCAUUGUCAUUGACCUGAAAGAGGCAAAGUCUACAGAAACGGAGGCCGCCUCGUCUGGCAUUGACACGAUCAAGCUGAGCAUCUUCGGCCAUCGUUUCAUGGCGAUCGCAGAGCAGAUGGGCCGGACGCUGCAGAGGACGUCUGUUUCGACAAAUAUCAAGGAGCGCCUAGAUUUCUCGUGUGCGCUGUUCUCUCCAGAUGGCGGACUGGUGGCCAAUGCACCGCACGUUCCUGUACACCUUGGGUCUAUGCAGUUUGCCGUUAGAUACCAACAUCAGAAAUGGUUGAACAACCUGAAAGAUGGAGAUGUUUUGGUUGCCAAUCAUCCCAGCUGUGGUGGAACCCAUCUCCCUGACAUUACCGUGAUUACCCCCGUCUUCGACAAGCCCGGCGGCAGCGAGAUUAUGUUCUAUGUCGCCUCUCGCGGUCAUCAUGCAGACAUUGGUGGUAUUCUUCCAGGUUCCAUGCCUCCCAAAUCUACAGAGCUAUGGCAGGAAGGAGCGGCGAUCGAAGGAGACAAGAUAGUCAGUAAUGGAGUAUUUGACGAGGAGAGAAUAAUCGAACUAUUGGUCAAAAAGCCUGCGGAGUACCCAGGUUGCUCCGGAGCACGAUGCAUCAGCGACAACAUUUCGGAUCUGAAAGCACAAAUCGCUGCAAACACCAGGGGCAUCUCCCUCAUCCAGGCCCUCUUUGCAGAAUACGGCUCAGAGACAGUCCAAAAGUACAUGCACGCCAUCCAAGACACCGCCGAGACUGCAGUGCGGAACCUGUUGAAAGACCUCUACCGUCGUUUCGAAGGCAAGCCGCUGCAUGCAGUCGACUACAUGGAUGAUGGGACACCGAUCAGACUCAAGGUGACCAUUAACGGCGAAGAUGGAUCCGCCGUCUUCGACUUUGAAGGCACCGGGCCACAGGUAUACGGCGCAUGGAACGCUCCGAUCGCAAUUACCCAUUCUGCCAUCAUCUACUGCCUGCGAUGCAUGAUCAACGCCGACAUGCCACUGAACCAAGGCUGCCUGGCCCCAAUCGACAUCAAGGUCCCACCAUCCUGUAUCCUCUCCCCAACAAAGAACGCGGCCGUCGUCGGCGGAAACGUUGUGACUUCGCAGCGAGUGACCGACGUUGUCCUGAAAGCCUUCCGCGCCUGCGCGGCCUCUCAGGGAUGCUGCAACAACCUGACCUUUGGCACAAACGCAAAAGAAGACGCUGAAACCGGCAAGGUAAUCCCUGGCUUCGGAUACUACGAAACAAUCGCAGGCGGCAGCGGCGCGGGUCCUUCAUGGGACGGUGAAUCCGGUAUCCACGUGCACAUGACAAACACGCGAAUUACGGAUCCGGAAAUCCUAGAGAAGCGCUACCCGACGCUGCUGCGACGGUUUACCCUGCGCUCCGGAUCCGGCGGACAGGGCCAGCACCCUGGUGGUGAAGGGGUUACGCGGGAAAUCGAGUUCCUUACGCCGAUGGACUGCUCGAUCUUGUCGGAGCGCCGCGUGCACAGGCCGUAUGGACUUGAGGGAGGUGAGGAUGCUGAGCCCGGAAUGAAUCUCUGGAUCACGAAGGAUCCGCAGACGGGCGAGGAUCACACGGUGAAUAUCGGAGGGAAGAAUACGAUUUCGGUCAGUACGCAUGAUCGCAUUGUUAUCAUGACUGCUGGAGGCGGUGGAUGGGGCGCGAAGGAAUAG